AUCCGACGAAGGAAAUGCCACGAGACUGUGGUAAUCUUUGGAGCAGACUUUCCCGAGAGGAAAAAAGGGCGCAAAGAAAGGAGAUUAAUAAACACAAAAUCAUAAACAAAACUUAAAUUCACCUCAUCCUUAUAGCUUCUCCUUCACCGUUUCUUAAUUUCUAGGGUUUUGAAUUUCACAUCCAUUUUUUCCUACCUAGUCAACCAGAUUGUACAGGUUCUGUUGUUAAGGAUUUGAGUUUGUCAUGAUGAUUGAGCGGAAAACUAUAGACCUGGAGCAGGGAUGGGACUUUAUGCAAAAGGGAAUCACAAAGCUAAAGAAUAUUUUAGAAGGCUUUCCGGAGCCGCAAUUCAGCUCGGAGGAUUAUAUGAUGCUUUAUACAACUAUCUAUAACAUGUGUACACAGAAACCUCCACAUGAUUACUCUCAGCAGCUGUAUGAAAAGUAUCGUGAAGCUAUUGAGGAGUACAUUACUUCUACAGUAUUGCCUUCAUUGAGAGAGAAGCAUGAUGAAUUCAUGCUUAGAGAACUUGUGAAGAGAUGGUCUAAUCAUAAGGUCAUGGUCAGGUGGCUUUCUCGAUUCUUUCACUAUCUUGAUCGCUAUUUUAUUGCUCGGAGGUCACUUCCACCACUUCAUGAAGUUGGACUCACUUGCUUUCGGGACCUGGUUUACCAGGAGAUAAAUGGGAAAGUAAGGGAUGCUGUAAUAUCAUUGAUUAAUCAAGAGCGCGAGGGAGAGCAAAUUGACCGAGCUUUGUUGAAGAAUGUUCUAGAUAUAUUUGUUGAAGUUGGAAUGAGUCAAAUGGAUUAUUAUGAGAAUGACUUUGAAGCAGACAUGCUCAAAGAUACAGCAGCAUACUAUUCUCGAAAGGCUUCCAACUGGAUCUUAGAAGAUUCUUGUCCAGAUUAUAUGCUCAAAGCGGAAGAGUGUUUGAGACGGGAAAAGGACAGGGUCUCUAACUACCUUCAUUCUAGUAGUGAACCCAAGUUGCUUGAGAAAGUUCAACAUGAGUUACUAUCACACUAUGCAACUCAGCUGCUUGAGAAAGAACACUCUGGGUGUCAUGCAUUGCUUAGGGAUGACAAGGUGGCAGAUUUAUCAAGGAUGUAUAGGCUCUUCUCUAAAAUACCUCGAGGCCUAGAUCCCGUGUCUAAUAUUUUCAAGCAGCAUGUUACUGCUGAAGGUACAGCUUUGGUCAAACAAGCAGAAGAUGCAGCUAGCAACAAGAAGGCAGAGAAGAGAGAUGUAGUAGGUUUACAAGAACAGGUUUUUGUGAGGAAAAUAAUUGAAUUGCAUGACAAAUACCUUACAUACGUAAAUGACUGUUUUACAAACCACACUCUCUUCCAUAAGGCGCUUAAGGAGGCUUUUGAAAUCUUCUGCAAUAAGGGUGUCUCUGGAAGCUCUAGUGCAGAAUUACUUGCCACAUUCUGUGAUAAUAUUCUCAAGAAAGGUGGAAGCGAGAAGUUAAGUGAUGAAGCCAUUGAGGAAACACUUGAGAAGGUUGUAAGGUUGCUUGCUUAUAUAAGUGACAAAGACUUAUUUGCUGAAUUUUAUAGGAAAAAGCUUGCACGGCGUCUCUUAUUCGACAAGAGUGCCAAUGAUGAGCAUGAGAGAAGUAUAUUGACUAAGCUGAAGCAACAAUGUGGGGGUCAAUUUACAUCAAAGAUGGAAGGAAUGGUCACUGACUUGACGUUGGCAAAGGAAAAUCAGUCCAACUUCGAGGAGUACCUCAAUAAUAAUUCAAACGUAAAUCCUGGAAUUGACUUGACAGUUACUGUUCUAACCACUGGGUUUUGGCCAAGUUACAAAUCUUUCGAUCUCAACCUCCCAGCAGAGAUGGUCAAAUGUGUUGAAGUUUUUAGAGAAUUCUACCAAACAAAAACAAAGCACAGAAAACUGACAUGGAUAUACUCUUUGGGUACUUGUAACAUCAUUGGAAAAUUUGAUCCAAAAACCAUGGAGCUUAUUGUGACAACAUACCAGGCCUCUGCUCUGCUGCUAUUUAACUCUUCUGAUAGACUUAGUUAUAAUGAAAUAAUGACUCAGUUGAACUUGUCGGAUGAUGAUGUUGUCAGACUACUUCAUUCUCUUUCGUGUGCAAAGUACAAGAUUCUAUCUAAAGAGCCGAACACCAAAACUAUAUCUCCAACUGAUUGCUUUCAGUUCAAUUCCAAAUUUACUGAUAAAAUGAGGAGGAUUAAGAUUCCACUUCCCCCAGUGGAUGAGAAGAAAAAGGUAAUUGAAGAUGUUGAUAAAGACAGGCGAUAUGCUAUAGAUGCUUCAAUUGUCCGUAUCAUGAAGAGCCGCAAAGUUUUGGGUUAUCAGCAGCUAGUAAUGGAGUGCGUUGAACAAUUGGGUCGCAUGUUUAAGCCUGAUGUCAAAGCAAUCAAGAAGAGAAUCGAAGAUUUAAUAACUCGGGAUUAUCUGGAAAGAGACAAGGACAAUGCCAACUUGUUCAGGUAUCUGGCAUGAUUGGGCGAAUUAAAUUUAUAAACGGAUUCAUAAUUCUCACCGGUGUAGCACUCCAAGAUACGAAUGGAGUUGUGGUUAAGCUGCUGCAAGGCGAACAAAGUAGCCACACAAACUACUGUAUAUGCUUCCUGUAUGAAAGUUUGAUGUGCUAUAUUUGAUUACAUGGACUUACUGGUUUGAGCUUAUUUGUACAUUUAGCCUUGACCAGUCCGCAUAAAAAACAAAAAAACAGUACAUAUUUGCCUAUCCAAAUAGUAAAAAAAUUUGCAAUGUGUCCAGAUAUUGGCAUAUGCAUUUCGUAUUCUCGUGGGGAGGUUGGAAUUUGAAGUUCUAUUUGUUGGAGAUGCGGUGGAAGUGUAAUUUUUUUAAUAGAUACAUACUUAUUUGUUGUAAUUGUUAUUAAUGUAAAUAUGACUUUUGUGUUGGAACU